GGCAGGACACCGUGCACCGUCCUACAGCCCAGCUCAUCCUCGGGACGCCUGGCCUCGCGGGCCGCUCCUCCCGGCACCAUGGACCCUGCUCAGCCCCUGGGGCUGUUGCUCCUGCAGCUGCUCCUGAUCCAAGCCGCUUGGGCGCUCACAGGAAAUAACGCAGAGGUCUGCCUCCUGCCCCUGGACGAAGGGCCCUGCCGGGCCCAAAUUCCCAGUUACUACUACGACAGGUACACGCAGAGAUGCCGCCAGUUCAUGUACGGGGGUUGCGACGGCAACGCCAACAAUUUCGAAACCUGGGAGGCCUGUGAUGAAGCUUGCUGGAGGAUAGAGAAAGUUCCCAAAAUUUGCCGGUUGGAAGUCAAUGAGAACCAGUGUGGGGAAUCCAUGGAAGAGUAUUUCUUCAAUCUAAGUUCCAUGACAUGCCAAAAAUUCUCAGUUGGUGGAUGUCAACAAAAUGAGAACCGGUUUUCAGAUGAGGCUACUUGUAUGAACUACUGUGCACCAAAGAAAACAAGGCCAUCAUUUUGCUCCGAUCCAAAAGAUGAGGGCAUGUGCUCUGCUAAUGUGACUCGCUACUAUUUUAAUCAAAGACACAAAGCCUGUGAGGCCUUCAUUUACACUGGCUGCGGAGGAAAUGAAAAUAACUUUGUUAACAAGAAAGAUUGCAAGCAUGUUUGUGCAAAAGCCUUGAAGAAGGAAAAGAAUAAGACGAUGCCAAAGCUUCCCUUUGUCAAUAGAAUCCUCAAAGUUCGGAAGAAGCACUUUUAAGCAAUCAUUGUGUCUCACCUCGUCAAUGCUUAUUUGCCUUUAUGGGUAUAUGUGAAAAAUAAUAUGGUAGCAUGAGGAAAUAAACCAGUGAUCUAGUCAUCAGUUUUUAUUAAUACAAGUCACUUUUGGUGUACUUCUUAGAUAUAACUAGCUGCUAUUCAAAUGUGAAUCUGUCAUUUUUAAUUUACUAUUCAAUCAUUUAUGAGAUGGAAUCCAUAUAGAUCAUACGAAAUAAAAGCAAAAAUACAAAAGUAAAUAUGACUCACCCAGGUCCUGGGGUUGCUAUUCCUGAUUUUAGAAGAAGACUGUAACUGAAAUAACCUCAGACAAUAUACUCAUACGCUUUUAACAUAUCUGAGCAUAAGAAGGGCUAGCAAGUAAUAUUUCAUUUUGCAUUCAAAAGUUUGGGUUUUAUUUUAGUUCCCAAAAGACAAGGUUGCAGAUUGACCAACACUUUCAAAAAUAUUCUAAGGGCUGUGAUGUAGACACUAUUAAUAGCACUCCGAUUUUUACUUUUAUUUGUAUUUUAUUUCAGUGUGAUGAAUGAAUAAAGAGAUUUAUUUAAAAGAUAACUUUUUAAUGGAUUUAAAAGCCAGUCAUUUUAUUAAACUAGAAAUGCUCUCUUCUGGGGGUUGUGGGGAAGAUAUCUCUUUCUAUCUCUUUAUUUCUCUCUGCCUAGGUCACUCACAUGUAUGUGUUCAUGUAUCCAUAUCCAUAAAUAGUUUUAAAAAGUC